GAGGAGAGAGAUAGAGGAAGUACACACGCAGAGAGAGGAGGGCAUAAGGUGUCCUAUUACAGAUAAUGGUUUGGUGUUGUUUGGCGAGCAUGGGGCUGGGUCACUCACAACAAAUCCCUGUGGAUUUCAGCAGCACGGAUACGCACAGGAACACACCGGCAGUCGCUAAUACAGCAGCAUACUUUUACAGCAGCAGGGCAAGUUAGGCAGCCUGCAGGACAGAUCGAGUUUCGCCGCCGGUGAAUUGAGGGACAAAGAACAGGGUUUCGAGAGGGCGAGAGAGAAAGAUAGAAAGAGAGAGAGAGAAGGAAGAGAGAAUAACCAUACGGACCGGCACAGAGUUGUGAGAGGUAAAACUGUGGAGGUAGAGGGAGAGGAGGCACAAGACGAAGGGGAAGGGAGACUCUGUCGAAGGGAGUCUGUCGAAGGGAGUUCUACUCGCUCCAGAGACCGAAAGGCAGUGCAUCCUCUGUGACCUGUGAGUCUGGGCCAGCUGAGAGGGGACUUCAGCACCAUGAGUACUGACACCUGGCUCGCUGAAGAAAGCAAUAGACCAUUAAAUCCUAGACAACAAGUUGUAGUGCGGCCUGGUCGGAAAAGAAAACUCAUGACGGCGCCGAACUCCCAGAAAGGGAAGUCCUCGUCCAGGAAGAGGGUCCUGAUCACCGUGUUGAUGGUACUGGUAGUGCUGGGGAUCCUGGUCACGGCUGGAUACUUCAUCGCACAGCUGAUCAACAGUAAGUACUUCUUCUGCUCCCGGUCGGUGAAGUUCAUUCCCCUGGACAAAGCGUGUAAUGGGAUGGCGGACUGUUCAGGAGGAGAGGACGAGCUCACCUGUGUGACCAACAUGACGGUCAACACUACCUUUCCAGUGCGUCUGGUCUCUGAGCAGAGUGUUCUCCAGAUCUACAGUGCCGGGACAGGAUGGAGGAGUGUGUGUAGUGAGGACUGGACCCAGCAACACACAGAGAAAGCCUGUCAACAGCUGGGCUACACCUAUAAACCCGUCAGUAGUACCAUCUCAGUGAGGAACUUGUCCUCGUCCCUGCUGAAGACAGGACCGUUUUCAGGGGUCAGGGUCGCAGCCGAAACCACGCCCAUUUACCAGACUGUCAUUGACCGCCAGGUGUGUAACUCAGGAUCCGUGAUCUCCCUGACCUGCUCCGACUGUGGAGAGCGGGGGAGAUCGGACCGUAUCGUGGGGGGUGUGGAUGCAUCUAUAGAAGAGUGGCCGUGGCAGGUGAGCCUGCAGCAGAACGGACAACACACCUGUGGAGGGUCACUGGUCUCACCGCGCUGGGUCGUCACAGCAGCGCACUGCUUCUCUGGUAGUAAGAAAGAGCUGAGUCGCUGGCAGGUGGUGUCUGGGAGGACUUACAUGGGCACCCUGGGAGGCUCAUAUGUCGACAGGAUCAUACUGAACGGACAAUACAACGCAGCCCGCAACGACUACGACCUGGCCAUGAUGAGGCUGACCAAACCCAUCACUGUAGGAAACUCUCGUCGGCCCGUGUGUUUGCCCCCUAAGAACCUGGGACUGAAGGCAGGAGACACUAUGACGGUGACCGGCUGGGGCUACCUGGAGGAGAAGGGUAAAGUGUCUCCUGUCCUCCAGAAGGCUACCCUUCCCCUUAUAGACAGCGCUCAGUGCUCCAGUCCCACUGUCUACGGUUCCUCAAUUACUCCCAGGAUGCUUUGCGCUGGAUACCUGAAGGGCAAAGUGGACGCAUGUCAGGGAGACAGUGGUGGUCCUCUUGUGUACCUGUCAGAACAAUGGCAGCUGGUGGGGGUGGUGAGCUGGGGGAUCGGCUGUGCCAGAGAGGGUCGACCAGGGGUCUACUGUAACGUGGACGAUAUGCUCAACUGGAUCCACACUAUCAUGGAGAAAAACCCCUGAAGCCUCAAACCAAUACCAAGAGGCUCUAUCGCGUUGGGCUACCCGAUUUUUCAGCGGAUCUACGUAGAGCUCUGUCAUGGGAAUAAGAAGAGGAAUCCUCUUCAAAGUGCAAUUUUAAAACCCCUACAACAAUACAUAACUCAAACCAACACGCACACACAUGCCCGCACACUCAGAUAGGCACAAAAGCGCACGGACGCAAACACACACGGACACACACUACACUCCUUCUUUACUAUAGCAGGUUAUUCACGGAGUGACUUGUGCCAUUUUUUUUUAGGUAUCUCAGGGACCACUGACGUGGCAGUGUAAAACGGUCGCUUAAGGCGACAGUCGGUCUGGGUUCCGCAUCCCAAACGGCACCCUAUUCUCUUUUAAAGUGCACGACUUUUGAGCAGAACACUCGGGUGAAAGUGGUGCACUGUCAAGGGAAUAGGGGUCCAUUUGGGACGAAGCCUGGGCUUUUCACAUGGCUGAGCACUUGAGACAGGACUAUCACCAAGUGCCUCUGCCGUCUUUCUUUGUCAACUGUAUAUGUGCCAUGCAGUUGAAAAUGUGCAUUUCUACCAAAUGUUAAAUGAGUAUGGGUGCUGUGACGUGACGUGAACCUCUCUUCAUAGUAUAUGUCAAUGGAGGGGUCAUUAGUCUCAUCGAAAUACCGUGCUGUAAAUCCCAUCAUGGAUUCACUUGUGCACUUUCAGGUGGUCAGACCUAUUCACGGUCUGCCAAUAGACUUCCAGUGUGCAAUUGGAAUAAUCCCUACAAUAUGCACAUUUGCAAGGUUCUGAUUAAUGACGUGUUUUUUGUUGUUGUUGUUGACAUUGUGGACAUUUCCUUUCUUUGUAUAGCUGUACAUAUUGUAUUACGACGCAGAGGUUGUUGUCUGUGUCAGAUCAGAAUGUCUGUAUUGCACAUGUUGUUGGUAUGUUUUAUAAAGGGAUGCCUGUGUUAAAUAAAUGAUCAGAUUGGGAUGAACUUUGAGGAAUUGGAUGUCUCGGAAGUAUGUGACUGUAAUGAUUAAACCCUCUAUUCAUGA